AUGAGUGUUUCCCAAUCGAUCCUUCCUUUUUUGGAAACAAUUUCUAAAUUAAAGUCUACCCCAAGAACAGGCUGGCUAUACCAUGGUAUUGAGGCUCCUGAGUCCAUUGCUGACCACAUGCACCGUAUGGGCAUCCUAACAUUGCUUUGCAAUGACCCAGCAAUCAACAAAGACCGUUGUGUUAAGAUCGCCAUUGUGCAUGAUCUUGCUGAGUCUAUUGUUGGAGAUAUUACCCCCCAUGAAAAUGUUUCCAAGGAAGAGAAGCAUCGCCUGGAAAUGGAAGCUAUGAAUAAAAUUACCAAAGAAAUAUUGCCAUCAAACUUGGCAAUGAAUGCUGAAGAAAUACGAGAGUUAUUUUUGGAGUAUGAACAUGCUUCGACAUCCGAAGCCAAGUUCGUUAAGGAUAUCGACAAGUUUGAAAUGCUUGCUCAGAUGUUUGAGUAUGAAAAAAAAUAUCAGGGAACAAAGGAUCUUAGCCAAUUUUCUUGGGCUAGUCAGUUGAUUAAGCAUUCUCAGGUGAAAGGUUGGUUGCAAGAUCUCAUGACCGAACGUGAAGCUUUCUGGAAAACUGUAAAAGGCAAUUCAGAAAUUUGA